AUGAUUACUUAUCCGGAGGCUGCAGACUUUUCAGUAUUAAAAGACGAAAUUCAUAGGCUUGUUACCGAUGAACUGGGCAUUUGGAAUGAAAUCCCAUACUCACGCUCCUCAUUAUUGAUAUCCAAGUGUUCUGGAGGUAUGUCGAAUAUUGUUCUUAAAGUUGAAAAUCGUGCCAAAAUGCCGCCAAUAUCGAUUUUGGUCAGGCUAUUUGGAACCGGAAAUUCACUGUGCUCUUGCAGACAAAGAUUGGAAACAUUUUGGAUGUCUUUGCUAUCUGAGGUUGGAAAUUGCCCCAAGGUCCUGCUUGAAUUUGCAAAUGGGCGCAUAGAGACAUUUCUAGAAGAUUAUUUUACACUCACCCUGGAGCAUAUCACAUCAGAAUUUUAUUCGAUGAAAAUCGCGAGGGAACUUGCUGCGAUCCACAAGCAAACAGACAAAAUUUUGAAAGGGACCCUUG